AUGGGGGAAAACAUUCAAGAUUCUCCGCUAGGUCCAUCCGACCCCGUAAUUAUAAUUGGAGCAGGUAGGCACAAACUUGGCGCUGAGAAUGGUCCUUGCGCAGGAAUUCGAACAAUUGUGUUCGAAAAAAAUGCUGGCAUAUCAAUUCCUGGUCAACGGGAUUGGAAUAUGGGAUUUCAUUGGGGAAUGAAUGCCUUGAAGACUCUGAUACCCGAAUCUGCCCUUGACAAACUACAAUCUUGUCAAGUCGAUCCACAUACACCCACGAAACCCCUUGAUACCCUUUCAUUCCUCAAUGGGUCAACAGGAGAUGUUAUGUUUGCUCCGGACAUUCCAUACUUCCACAGACUACGACGAUCCAAACUUCGCGCGCUGUUGACCCAAGACCUCGACAUCCGAUGGAACAAACGAUUGAAAGAUAUAAUAUUUGCAAAUGAUGGAAAAAGUACAACUUGUGUCUUUGAUGAUGGUCAACAUAUAACUGGCAGAUUGGUAGUUGGUACGGACGGUGCAAGGUCAACUGUUAGAAGACUACUUCUAGGGCCCGAGCAGUCUUUGAAUACACGACUUCCAUAUGCUGCUUCGUUUGUGCAAGCAAAAUAUACUCGAGAGCAAGCUCUUCACCUUCGCUCAUUUCAUCCACUCUUCCUGGCUGCACCUCAUCCUGAUAAUCUUUUUGCAUUCUUUGGUUUGCAAGAUGCUCCAGACCCGGAGAAGCCAGAAAGUUGGACCUUCUUCUUUUUCAUUUCAUGGAAUUCAAGUGUUGAAACUCAAGAUGCAGAAUCUAAGAUAUUUGAUAAUGCAGCAAGGUUAAAACAAGUUCGAGAAAUGGCCAAGGGCUAUGCGGAGCCUUGGAAAAGUGCAUUUGAAUGGUUACCCGAAGAUCAACCAGUUUGGUAUUUUGGACUUGCUGUGUGGGACCCGAGAGAAGAUGCCCAUCGAUGGGAUAAUAGAAAUGGAAGAGUGACAUUGGCUGGUGACUCUGCUCAUCCAAUGACUUAUCAACGUGGCCAAGGUCUCAAUCAUUCCAUCACUGACGCCGGAAAUCUUGUCAAAUUACUCAAAACAGAUGCUUGUCAAAGCUCUUCUAUUGAUAAGUAUGAAGAAGAGAUGGUUGCUAGAGCUGGCGAAGAAGUACAUCUCAGUGUUAUCAAUACAACAAUGCUACACGACUGGUCGAAGGUAUUAGAAAGCCCGGUAUUCAAAAAAGCUUUGACAAAGCAGUCAUGA